AGAGCAGAUUUGAAUCCCAGAAGAAGCAGAGCAAAGUGAGAACGGGGACGAGGAUGGCGGCGACCGUAGAUGACCUCUUGAGGCUGGAGAUGCCUGCGGGUGAGAAGCGCAUCAUUGCAGAGUACAUCUGGGUGGGAGGGAGCGGUCUUGACCUCAGGAGCAAGCCCCGUACCCUGACUGGUCCCGUCAAGUCGGUGUCUGAGCUUCCCAAGUGGAACUACGAUGGCUCCAGCACGGGCCAGGCUCCCGGCGAGGACAGCGAGGUGAUUCUCUAUCCACAGGCCAUCUUCAGGGAUCCCUUCCGAGGCGGGGACAACAUCCUUGUGAUGUGCGACUGCUACACUCCUCAGGGCGAGCCCAUUCCCACCAACACCCGCUACGCCGCCAACAAGCUGUUCCAGCAGGCGCUGGAGACGGAGCCGUGGUUCGGCCUGGAGCAAGAAUACACUUUGCUGGAGAAGGAGCACAAGUGGCCGCUGGGCUGGCCCGUCAAUGGCUACCCCGGCGCGCAGGGGCCGUACUACUGCGGCGUGGGUGCUGACAAGGCGUGGGGGAGGCGCAUCGUGGACGCCCACUACAAGGCCUGCGUGUACGCCGGCAUCACGAUCAGCGGGACCAACGGCGAGGUGAUGCCCGGGCAGUGGGAGUUCCAGGUGGGGCCGGCCGUCGGCAUCGCGGCCGGGGAUGAGCUGUGGGUGGCGCGGUACUUGCUGGAGCGGAUUACCGAGUUGGAGGGGGUGAUUCUGUCCCUGGACCCGAAGCCCGUGGAAGGCGACUGGAACGGUGCCGGGUGCCACUGCAACUUCAGCACCAAGGCGAUGAGGGAGGACGGCGGAUGGGAGGUGAUCAUGGAGGGCGUGAAGAAUCUGGAGCUGAGGCACAAGGAACACAUCAAGGCGUACGGCGAGGGCAACGAGCGGCGGCUCACGGGCCGCCACGAGACGGCCAGCAUGGACCGGUUCUCGUGGGCCGUUGCGAGCAGAGGGACGUCCGUGAGGAUCGGAAGAGACACGGAGGCGAAGAAGAAGGGGUACAUGGAGGACCGUCGCCCGGCGUCCAACAUGGACCCGUACGUCGUCACCUCCCUCGUCUUCGACACCACCACGCUCUGGAAGCCAUUAUAGAAUGAGGCAUAUACAGUGACAUAGCGGUUUUCUAUGUCACAGUACACCAACCUGUACGCGAGUUGUUGUAAGAGAAGGUAGUAGUUGCAAGGCUCUUUGUGGUUCGAUUUUCUGGUCCAUUGUUUCUGCGUAAGUUAUAGUACACUUCGGUCCUUGCUGUUCAUCUUAGCAGCACGAAGGAUGAAUUCUUUAACAAUGAUGCAUUCAUGACAUAAUGUAGAUACCUCCGCUCGAAAGUACAUCGCAUUCAGAGCCGGUUCUGAUGUGUGUGUGUGUGUGUGUGUGUGUGUGUGUGUGUGAGAGAGAGAGAGAGAGAGAGAGAGAGAGAGAGAGAGAGAGAGAGGGGAAAGACGUGUAGUUGAGGAAUGAAUAGUGCAGUCGUUU